AGAAUGGAAACGAACGAAUCGACGUUUUUCACAGAGAUGACAUCGCGCUAAAAUAAAACAAGACCAAACUUUUGAGAUUGUAUUCGCGUUCGCGCCCUAACAUGCGCGGUGAGUGCGGUCGUUACGAUCAGGUGGAGACAUCUUCGUUGUGGUUUUGAUCGCCGCGUUGUCCAGAGUCCGACAGUGCCUGAACGCAGCAGCAGUAGUGAGAGCGGGUGCGCUAGACACUGUCUUAUUUAGCCGCGUGUACUGCUCGUGAGUGUACUAGCGCUAGUGUACUGUCUAAAGUCAGUGUACUACUACGUGCAGUGUGUAAAGUCAGUGUACUACUACCAUACCCGCUGCUUGGGGCCAUAAGGAGGACAUUGUUGGCCAUAUCCAAGAAGACGCUCUCCCCAUAGAACCCCCCCUAGCCAGUGAGCCAUGGUGGACUACUACCACAUUUUAGGAGUGAACAAAAAUUCAACGCCAACUGACGUCAAGAAAGCAUACAGAAAGCUGGCACUGAGGUGGCAUCCAGACAAGAACCCAGAAAACAAAGAGGAAGCAGAGAAGAAGUUUAAAGAGCUGUCCGAGGCUUAUGAAGUGCUCUCGGAUGAAAACAAAAGGAACAUCUACGACCGAUAUGGAAAGCAAGGUCUAGCAGCAGCAGGAGGAGGAAGAGAAGAACGAGGACAUCACAACCACUUUGGCGACUCCAGCUUCACAUUCCGAAAUCCUGAGGACGUCUUCAGGGAAUUCUUUGGUGGCAGAGAUCCGUUUGCUGAUUUCUUUGCCAACGACCCCAUGGACGACUUCAUCGGUCACGGCCGCCACAGAGGGGCGAGCAGAAGCCGGACGGGAGGCGGCCUCUUUGAUUUCGGGGGCUUCCCGUUCCAGUCCGGUUUUAACUCAUUUGGCGACAUGGGUGGUGGAUUCACAUCCUUCACCUCCACCUUUGGCGGUGGCAGGGGCGGUGGCGGCGGCUUGUCCAACUUCAAGUCCGUGUCCUCCUCCACCAAGUUUGUCAACGGCAGAAGGAUCACCACCAAGCGGACGGUGGAGAACGGUCAGGAGCGCGUGGAAGUGGAGGAGGACGGCCAGCUGAAGUCGCUCACAGUUAACGACGUCAGCGUUAACGAGGAUGAGCAGCGUCGGCGCAGACACAACAGUCUACUUCCCAGUGUGGGCGGGCACCAGCGCUACAUCAGAAGCUCCGCCCACAACCCCCCUGAUAAUGAUGAGGAAGAGGAAGAGCACGCACUAGUGAGAGGAGGUCACAUGGACACCAAGAGGAGGAAGAGCUACUACAAGGAGGCGGAGUCUAAAAGGAGAAGAGCCCCGCCUCGAUUUUUCUACCCCACAUUUGGCGGAUUUUCCUCUUUUUUUUAGAGAGUUCAACUUUGUUGGUGUUGGUAGCCUUAUGGAGUCAUGCUGAAUGUUUUCAAAGACUCACAGUGGACACGUCCAAUAUUUGCUUGUUUUAUUUAGACGCUGUAGUGCGGCUCGACCGCGAGAUGUCAUCAGUCCAAUAAGGAGUCGCGCCGCGGUCAAAUGUCUUUUUAGCGUCUGAUGCAAUGUCAUUGCAAGCUUGAGGACAAUGUGGCUACAUCACAUCAUUGAUCGUGAAUUGUUCUUUCAAUGAUGCUCAGCACAGCAUUUACUUAUAUGACACAAACCAAACAACCUCCCCUAGUUGUGGUGUGAAACAAAAAUUGCAACCAACCCAGGAAGUCAACACGCAGUCACACAUAACUCAACCAGUUCAUUGACCUUUGUGGAUAUUCCAGAAAAUGUCCAAACACCAUAAAAAUGUCAAAAUUACACAGAUUUAAAUCCAGUGGAAGAUGGGAAAAUGAAAAAACACUCUUCACACGUA